AUGCAUAUGAAUAAAACGUUUGGGAUUCGAAUAGUCAAUAUGUUAGAAUUUGGCUUACCUGACCCACCGACGAACGUCCAAGCUGAGAACGGACCUCAAGCUGGCACCCUCCUUGUCUCGUGGACCCCUGUGACAAAUCAGCCAAAGCCACCGUCGCGAGCUGCCGUACAUUCAUAUUUGAUCUACGCCGACGGCAAGAACAUCGCUCAGGUGCCUUCGGCUACAGCAGUUCCAUCAUUCACAUGGACCUUUACAGCUGACCACGUUCUUUUGCGGCUAGCCGAUCUCUCAGACGAUCCUCCAAUUUUUAUCACCGUCCGUACGCGAACUCGGGAGGGAGCGGUUUCGUGCGAUUCAAACGUAGCUCGCGUACCUCGUGGCCCUCCCUUUGGAACUGCUUCUGACGGUCUGCUUCAGACAGCUCCUUUGUUAGAAAUGGCGCAGUCUUACCCGACCGGUCACUACGCUGCACCUCUUUCCGGACCACAGACUGCACCGUACACUGCCCCACCAAUGCUCACUUCCAUGCCCUUUCAAACUAAUCCACUUUCUUCGUACACUGCCUCAGCUAUUCAGGGAUACAAUAGUUUAGUCGGUAACGACCGGUUAUCUUCAGCCACAGCAGCAGCUCUAGGUAGUCAGGCGAUGGUUGGCACAAUGCCGGGGGCCAGCCAGCUACCCACCACAUCGCUGCCAAUGGCUGCGAUGGGUGUUGGUACGUUGCCAGGCGGCAUGAACGCUUCUGCCGGCACUCUACCGAUGUCCACGGCACUCGGCCCCACCUCCAUCGCAGGAGCGCUGCCGACAUCUCAGGGGACACUUCCAAAGUGGAAGACGUCACAAAUGAAGCAAUACUACACGUUUCAUCCUCGACUAAUCCGGGGCGAAGGAACAUCUGCAGACGAACCACGACCUUCUGUUCCCGAUAUGGAGAACAGUUACCUAUUACGACAUCGCCAAACGGAAUGGGCAGGGCAGUCUGAGUGGGCAGGACCGAUGGAUCCCCGAAUGAGGAUGGAAGCAUACGCUCGACAGUCUGCACGCGCAGGAAGUGCCGACGAUCGACCUCCGGCAAGGCAUAGGCUUGUUCCACCGCGAUUAGCCAGGGUUAAAAGCGAAAGUGGAUUUGGCACAAGAAGUGAGCCUGACUUACGUCCUCCAACACUUGAAGAUGACUGUCGAUGGUUUGUCGCUCUGUUCGACUAUUCACAUCACAUGUCGCCGAAUGCGAACGCUGAAGCAGACGAGCUAUCUUUUAGGAAGCAUCAAUUAAUUAAGGUAUACGGUGAAGUCGAUCCGGAUGGUUUUUACCAUGGACAGAUAGGUAAUCGUGUUGGGCUAGUUCCGUCCAACAUGGUUAUUGAGAUCGCUAAAGAUGAUCUACUACCGAGAAGGACGCGAUCAGAAGCGGUGCCAGCAGAACCAGCUUUACGAAGGAUGCGAUGGGGCUCAUUGAAGUCGCGCAGCUACGACCAUGCUGGAGACAGAAGGGUUCACGAUCGACCGCCUGCUUCCUCCCAUUUUGCUUCUCUCGACCGAAGAGAAAUUGAACGUAGGGAAGCAUCGGCCACGAGGGUGGAGCGAUACCGCAGGAGCAAUGGUCGAGACUAUGAAUACAGAAGGGACUACGACGAUCGGUAUAGGGACGCAAGAGACAUAAGGGAUCCCCGCGAAAUGCGUGAGCCUAGGGAAAUCCGUGAGCCGAGGGAUAUACGAGACUUGCGCGAGCCAAGAGAUGUACGCGAGCCUAGGGAUAUGCGUGAGCCAAGGGACAUGCGAGAGCCACGGGAUAUGCGCGAAUUCCGCGAUCCACGAUCCAUGCGUGACGAAUAUCACCGAGAUUACCGAGAUGAGGAAGAGUACCGAGGUGAGAAGUACCGGGACCGUGGCUACGAACGAGAAAGGGAGCGGGAAAGAGAGCGCGAAAGGGAUUUUGACCGCCGAGAUGAACGCAGAGAGGAUCGGCGCGAUCGGGAAGAACGGCGAGAAGAAAGGCGAGAGGAGCGAAGGGAAUACGAGCGACGUCAUGAAUACCCUCGUGAAGACAGAGAAGGCUACCGGAGAGAGCGCCGAGACGAGAGCUAUCGGGAAGAUCGCCAGUAUGAACCCUAUGCAGGACGGUACGAUCCCAAUGUAGCAGGACCUUCUGGAAUGGCUCCUGCUCAGGUACAGCAACAGCCGAUAGGGCAAGGACCUCAGAUGGCUCAACUAGCUCAUCAACUAGGCCAAAUGCAGAUGGUAGCGUCAGCGAUGCAGCCGACUCCCUCACAAAUGCCACAAGUUGCAGCUGCGCAAUAUGCAGGAAUGCAGCCCGGUGUGAUGCCUGAUACGGGUAUUAAUGGCGUGCCGACGAGGAAAAUGGUGGCCAAAUUCGACUACGAUUCUCGACAGCUAAGUCCAAAUGUGGACGCAGAACAGGUGAAAGCUAUACCGCUUUUAGAGGAUGUGCUGAUUCGGAUAAGUGCUUGUUACUUUAAGGUUGAAUUGUCCUUCCGACAAGGUGAUAUCAUCACGGUGUACGGUGAGAUGGACGAUGAUGGUUUCUAUAUGGGCGAACUAAAU